AUGCUCUGUUCUAAAAUCAGAGGCAUUGCAGACAGUAAUGAACUAUUAUCAACUUUGAGGUUUUACCUAACAGGCAAAUUAGUUGUGGCCAUAGAAAGCAUCAUGCUUGAACAGAAUGAAUCACUCUUACCCCUCACCUCGGCCUUGGAAUCACUUGCAAAUACCUCUAAGCAUAUGUCCUAUUACACGGUGAAUCGAAUGGAUUUGCUACAGGCAAUGACAAUUAUUGCAACCUUCGAAUAUUUGAACGAAGCCGUAUCGACGGCGCUGCACGAAGUUCUUGUUUCAGGGGGUUCCGCUUUGGAAAUUGUCUCCAAUACUUCAGACACAGUCACUUUCUGCCGUGUGGAUAGCAGUGGUAGCAAAGGUGGGCAAGAUUCAUGUACAAGUAAUACAACCAGUGACCUCUUCGCUUUCUUUGGUGACGCUCGUGAAAGUCCACAGUCAGAUCUUCUUUCUCUCCCCAUAUAUUCCAAAUUACAUGGCCUAAAUAUUUCUGAUGUGGGAUCGAAAUUUCGAAUUAAGCUUAAGAAGCUAGAUGACUCUGGACAAUUCUUCUGGACUAUGCUUCCUACUUCGAUCUCACAAUGCAAUUCUAGUAGGAGUGGUGAAGAGGCACUCCUGGGUUACGCUUUAUAUAUGCAGUCUAGUAAAUUGUCAAAGCUGAAAUCAGAUGCCAUCAGUCGGACUAAGCAUAUGCGACUCAAGGCAUCAGAAAUCAAUCGACUUUAA